UUAGAGUGUGAGUGUUGAACUGUCUUUCACUUUGUAUUACAUUUUGAGCACAUUGAAAUAGUGAGUCUAGAAGCAAUGGACCCGGAGAAACCGAAUUCCACGGUGAAAAACAAACGGAAAUUAAGAGGUGCGACUGAGGGAAAAAAGGCGAAGCUGGCAAAAACUCACAGGACAGCAUGUACUGAGUUUGAGGCCUCGGCGGAAAGCCAAGAAAAUGCAUCUGUGAUUGUGGAAAUGGAAGGAGUAGUUCAUAUCCAUUUGACUGAGCGAGUUCGACCCUAUCUAGACCUCAUCGACUCCCUCCGUCUAAUGGGCAUCGAUAAGGAUCUGGCCCUGCCUGCCAUAGCUGUGAUUGGAGACCAGAGCUCAGGAAAGAGCUCCGUGUUGGAGGCGCUGUCUGGAGUAGCUCUCCCCAGAGGAAGAGGUAUUGUGACUCGAUGCCCGCUGAUGCUGAAGUUGAGAAAGCUGAAGGGAGGGUUACAGUGGAAGGCCAUCAUAUCCUACAGCGGCAUGCAGGAAGAGUUCACAGACUCCAGUCUAGUGGAGAAGUAUGUCAUUGAUGCCCAGAAUGAGCUGGCUGGAGACGGUAAUGAGAUCUGUGACGAGCUGAUCAGUCUGGAGAUCAUGUCUCCUGAAGUGUGUGACCUCACUCUGAUUGAUUUACCCGGCAUAGCCCGGGUGCCUGUUAAAGGCCAGCCUGAGGACAUUGGAGACCAGAUUAAAAGGCUCAUUCUCAGCUUUAUUGAGAAGAGUGAAACCAUCAACUUGGUGGUGGUUCCAUGUAAUGUUGACAUAGCAACAACUGAAGCUCUUAGAAUGGCCCAGGAAGUAGAUCCAGAAGGAAAAAGAACUUUGGCCAUUCUGACUAAGCCUGACCUUGUAGAUCGUGGCACAGAAAAGAACGUUUUGGAUAUUGUUAACAAUCAAGUCAUUCCACUGAGCAAAGGCUACAUAGUUGUGAAAUGUCGUGGUCAGCAGCAAAUUCAGGACAAGACACCUCUAGCAGAGGCCACCAGGAUGGAGAGAGAUUUCUUUAGCCAACACAAGUACUUCAGCCAUCUUUUCAAUGAAGGAAAGGCCACAACACAGAGCCUUGCCAUGAAACUGACCCAAGAACUGGUAGGCCACAUCAAAAACUUUCUUCCAACACUAUCAGAACAUAUUAAAAUUGAGCUGUUGGAGACAAGGAAGCAACUGGGCCAGUGUACGGAGGGUCCUCCCACAGAUCCCUCAGAGAGGAAAACCUACCUCAUUGCUACCAUAAACCAGUUCAACGACAAGAUAAACCAGUUGUCAUCUGGUGAAGGUGUCAAUGAUGGCAACCUGUUUGUGCUCCUGCGGCACCAUUAUAAAAAGUGGAAAGAUGAACUUGAGAAGAGCCAAACCUCAUAUUCUAAAGAGAUAAUCAAUGUGGUGGAACAGUAUGACGAGAAGCACAGAGGAAGAGAGCUCCCUGGUUUCAGCAACUACAAAGUGUUUGAGGUGGUCGUACAGAAACUGGUGAUGAAACUAUUGGACCCUGCAUUGCACACUUUGAGAGCCAUCAGAGGAGCAAUUGAUAAGUACUUUGGUGAUGCUUUAAACACUUGUUUCUCAAACUACCCGUUCCUCCAGUGUGUCACAAUGAACAAGAUAGACAAAAUCCAGUCGAGACAGGAGGUCAGAGUGGAGAAAAGAAUCCGGGAACAGUUCAAGAUGGAGCAGCUGGUCUACACGCAGGACAGAACAUAUUCCAAAACCCUGAGAGGUGCAGAUCCUGCGAAGGCCUUCAGUCCCUGUGGAGAUGCAUCUGAGGAUAGCAGUCAGGAGCCUUUCUUUGAUUCCUCUUCUGUGUCUCCUCGAUAUGAUAGCAAGGCCCAGUACCCUGCAAUGCUUGAGGCAUACUAUGAGAUAGUGAUUCAGCGCUUGGCAGACCAGGUCCCCAUGCUGAUCCAGUUGUUCUUGUUGAAGGAGUCAGCACGGUUACUGUGUACUGAGAUGCUGAGCCUCAUCGAUGGCGUGGAUUUGGAGAAGGCCCUGAGUGAGGGCUCAGACGUUGGCCGACGCCGCAACGAGCUGCAGAGUCGCAUCGAGCGCCUCAGCCUGGCUCAGGAGAAACUCAGCCAAGAGCUGAGUUGAAGAGUUGGGCCAUGGACAGUGGACCCAUCCAUAUUUUUCAAAUGCUGUUAAAAUUGUGGCAAGGUAAAAAAAUAGAAGUGUCUCAUCUAAUGGGUUGAGCCACGGACAUGUUACUUAAGAGCAGUGAUGCACUGCAUGAGCAUCAACUCAAUAUUUCUAUAUAAUCAUAUUUUGUAAGGUAAAAAAGUCUAUUCUAUACUAUGGCUAUGGAUCAUAUGGCUAUGAAUUACACUAGUGACAGAUUAUCUGCAACUCAAUCACAGGCAUAUGGGCUUUUUUGAAAGGGACAGCAAUUGUGUCAGUCACAACAGCCGUGGGCAGGCCAGGGCAGCUGUGGCCUACUGGUUAGCGCUUCGGACUUGUAACCGGAGGGUUGCCGG